CACCGCAUCCACGCAGCAUUUACGAGCGUUUCCAUCCCUAAAGGAGGGAGAGGGUCUGAUUCGGGAUAUUUCCCCAGUCCUAAUUUCUUCCUUCCAGGCUAAAAUGGGAAUUUGUGGCUUUGCGUUUUGUUUGGCAAUCACUACGUGUCUGUGGAGGGCGUCCAUUCAAGGAGAGCACCAAAGGAGGCUGUAUCGAGACCUCAUGAAAGACUACAACCCUCUUGAGAGACCUGUGUUUAACGACACUCAGUCACUCACAGUAAACUUCAGCUUCAGCUUGAUGCAGAUCAUGGAUGUGGAUGAGAAGAAUCAAGUUCUCACAACAAACAUAUGGCUGCAGCUGUACUGGUUUGAUCAUUACCUUAAAUGGAACGUCUCGGAAUAUCCCGGCGUGACGAGCGUCCGAUUUCCCGAUAGCCAGAUUUGGAAACCUGACAUUUUGCUAUAUAACAGUGCUGACGAGCGAUUCGAUGCCACCUUUCACACCAACGUGCUAGUCAGCUCCAACGGCGCCUGCCAAUACUUACCACCAGGUAUCUUUAAGAGCACGUGCCACAUCGACGUGCGGUGGUUUCCCUUCGAUGUCCAGCGGUGCGACCUGAAGUUUGGCUCUUGGACAUACGGUGGCUGGUCUCUGGACCUGCAAAUGAUUGAGGCUGACAUCACAGGCUAUAUAGCUAACGGAGAAUGGGAUCUAGUAGAGGUACCAGGUCGCAGGAACGAAAGAUUCUACGACUGCUGUAAGGAACCGUACCCGGAUGUGACAUUUACGGUGGUGAUGCGCAGAAGAACGCUGUACUACGGUCUAAACCUGCUCAUCCCAUGUGUCCUUAUCUCUACACUGGCUCUGCUCGUCUUCCUCCUGCCUGCGGAUUCGGGCGAGAAAAUCUCCCUCGGAAUCACAGUUUUGCUCUCACUGACUGUCUUCAUGCUGCUGGUGGCUGAAAUCAUGCCUGCGACAUCCGACUCUGUGCCUUUAAUCGCCCAGUAUUUUGCCACUACCAUGGUUAUUGUGGGGUUGUCGGUAAUAGCCACAGUUUGGGUCCUACAGUACCACUACCAUGAUCCCGAUGGAGGGCAAAUGCCAAGAUGGACACGUGUGGUGCUGGUGAACUGGUGCGCCUGGUUCUUGCGGAUGAAAAGGCCGGGCGAGAAGCGAGUGUGCUCAGCAUGCCACGACAAGCGUCCACGCAGCAGCGUCUCCAGUGUAGAACCGACCAAUGGAAACAUUCUCUACAUGGGCCUGCGUGGUAUGGAGAGCCUGCCUUGUGCCACGUCACCCGACUCUGGGGUGGUGUGCGCACGCCUGAUGGGUGCAUCCGAAGAAGCUCCGUCAGUGAGCAGCGGUCAGGGAGACACAGAGCUGUCCAAGAUCCUGGACGAGGUGCGUUACAUUACUAAGAGAUUCCAUGACCAGGAUGAAGAGGAGUCUUUGUGCAGCGAGUGGAAGUUUGCCGCCUCAGUUAUCGACCGCUUGUGUCUCAUGGCCUUUUCCAUGUUCACCGUCCUCUGCACCAUCGGCAUCCUCAUGUCAGCCCCGAAUUUCAUCGAAGCAAUUUCCAAAGACUUCUUCACUUAAACACCGUGUGUGUGUGUGUGUAGUUUUUCCGGCAGCAAGUCAGAGAUGUAGUUCAGCCAAAAUGAAAUAGACACACUUUUUCCUUUAAUGAAUUUAAGCAGCUAAGACACAGCUUCUCAUACUGAUUAAGAAAAACGUCAGACACUGCGAGUAACCCUGGGUCGUUCUAAACCCUGUGUUUAAUCCCACGCAGAAGAACAUUUCACACUGUGCGGAUAACCGGCUUUUUACCCGGGGGUAUGAAAACUUCAGAAUUAACCAGAAAUUAAACAGCAUGUGCUUCAUAUCACAUGAUUUAUACAGCCACGUGUGAACAGUAGUUAAAAUUGAAAAGAUAAAAAUAAUGUCAAAUGGUGACAGAAAUCGGGUCAGUUAGAAGAGAACUUUAUGUCUUUUCAGGACAGAUUGUACAUCAGUCAGAAAUAAUAAGAGUAUUUAAGAACUGACUAAAGAAUUAGUAGAAGUUUGAUAUCAGCGAACGUCUGGUCGACUACACGACAAAGAUGAUAAGGCCAAAACAAAUUAGAAACCUAUAAAAAAAAAAAAAAAAAAGGGAAACAAUAUCUGUAUAAUCUGUGUUUUCCUUCUUUCUUUCUACCUGUUGUGAAAGCAUGCGAAAGACUUUGUUGAUGGCACAAGUAUGCAAAUAUGACGGUUAAGCCAGGUGAUAGGAAUGUAACGGUUAUGAAGAGUCAGGAUUAAAUGUAAACCCUAAAUAAAGUAUUAUACUAGCAGUGUGAAAUGUCACACAAGGUAACAUUUGAGUCUGUUUAUAAGGAGUUUACUAGGACCCAGUGGAGCUAUUUGAGUGUGGAAAGCUUGUCUUGGCUGAUUAAAUUUUAAUUUCUUAGCUGAAAUUAGUAAUGAAUAGAAUAAAUGACUUGCAACACUUAACAGUCUGGUGUUCUUUUAGUUAAAUAAGUGUGUAGUGUUUUCGUAACUUUUCAUAUAAUCGAUUAUAAUCGCAAUAAUCUAAACUCAGUAGAUAGACUUAUCUUACACACCGAUAAAGAUCUGCAUUUCUUAUUUAUAUUAUUUUAAUUGAAGAAAUACAUAAAGCAAUAUUUCAGUUUCUUUUCAUGUAUUUAGUGCACAGAGUGAUCACUGUAUCCUUGUAUCUGAUGUGGAUGAUGUGUUUAAUUUUCAAACUUAACGCUAGGAAAAUCCAAUAUAAGACAUCAUGAAGCUUUGUAGGUCUGAAUUUCCUUUUUCCUUUUUUUUCAAAGUGUGUGUGUGCCUUUAUGAUGUAGAGUGACAAAUAAACAUAUUUUUUUAUAACUUAGAAAAAUAAAAUCACUGUGGUUCCUUAAAAUGAUAUAAGGAUAAAAAUAAAGAAAGGAUAAUAGAUGGAAGUGCAUUGAAAUUUACUACACGUGAUGAACACAAUACACACACUUAGAGGUUUAUUAAUAACCUAAUAACUAUACGAGAGCACAUCAUAAAACAGAAACGAAAUAGUUUCCAUGAUGUGCUUUAUAUGUAUGAAGUAACAGAAAAAUAAAAAAUAAUGCUGUCUCAUGAUACAACCUAAUAAAAGCUAAGGAUUCUGUUAA